AAAUUCGGUUUUUCUACACAGCUUCAACCGCCAAAAACCGUCAUUUUUAGUAAAUUUAUUAAAAGUUACUUAAUUAUUUUAAAGCUGAAAUUAAGCUAAUUUCACAAGAAUGGCUAGAAACGAAAAACACUUGAAGGUGAUUAAGGAUAUUUGUAGCAAAAUAGAGAGUUCAGCUGACUGUAAACAAGAAAUUGUAGAGCUAUCAUCGUUAAUACAUGGCAGUGAUUUUUAUGAAUAUCAUUCCUUUAUUAUUUUAUUGGAGAUUCUUUCCAUAAAAACCGAUCUCCCUUCGGUUAACAAAAGAGCAGUUUUUGAAUUGCUCGGGAUCAUAGUAACAAAGAAAAGUAACAUCAAAGACUCGUUAUUGUCAAGACUGUAUAAGUUUCUCAGUUCUGUGAUUCGUUCGGAUCUUGCGGCCGAUUUCAUUCCAAUUUGCAAUUUCGUAAACCAUCAGAAAAUAUCAAAGAAUGAAUUAUAUUUUUACAUAACAGAAGAACUUCUAAUGUUAUCAUUAAAUUCAAGUCAUCGCAACAAGAUGUAUAAAAAUUAUCUCAGCUUCUUUAAGCAGUGGACGGCUAAUGAUUUGUUAUUAUUGAAAUCUUUCUCAAGAGUAAUCUUCAAUCUUCGAUCUCACUCAAAAGAGAAGGAGGCCUUUGAAUUGAUAGAGUCAGUGUUGCUCAUUGCCAUCGAAAAAAAGCAUUUUCAUACAACGGAUGAUGUUUACAAGGAACUUCUUGGAAUCUUCAAAGCAAUCAUGAAAUUUGAAAAUGAUAAGAAAUCAGUGAAGAUCAUUUUAAAACUCGUCAAUUCAUACGAUUCAAUUAGUAAUGAUCCUGUUCAAAAAUCUUGUAAUUCCAUAAUUUCAAAAGUGUUAAAUGAUUGUUCUAAUUCGAAAAUCACCGAAGAAACAAUUCGUAGCUUAUAUUUGAAAGAUUACCACAGUCCAAAAGAUAUCAAAGAGAAUGAUUUACAUCAAGAGACAGCAAGAUUUAUUUCAAGUUUAUUUCAUAAAUACGUUAAUGAUAUUGAUCAAAGUGAGAAAUGUUUUGCAGCUUUCCAUUAUCUCUCGUAUAAUAUUGGGCAAGUUUUAUGCAGCAUCAAGGACGUCGAAGGUAAAAUCGCAUGCUGUAAGGAUAUAAAACGACAUGAAUUCAACGCUCUCUCUGCAAAUAUGAUUCAUUAUAGUACAUUUGUCGCCCAAACAAACACAGUGUCAUCGAAAUUCAUGAGAAAUCUUCAGUAUCAUAUCAAAAACAACAUAGAAAUUAGUCAUAAAUUCAAAUGCAAAUCAAAAGACAGAGAAGUUCAAAAUUCUUAUAACCGGUUGUACAAUUUUUUGCUCAUAUUUGUUCGUCUAAAAUCUUUGGUGUCAAAGGUUCCAUCAGAUCUGUUCGAGUUAUGCCAAAAAAUGCUUGAAAUGUGGAGUGAAAUCAAGGAUAAUGAUCGAGAACCAUAUCCUCUCAUUGUCAACAUAUUUGAGGCUCCUGAAAAUUCUGAUGUUGCCUUUUUCAGUGUAAGAAUUUUAUCUUCAGUGAUCAAGUGUAGAAAAGAAAGUUUGAAUGGUGAAGAUUCAUCAAAAGAACUUAAAAAUCUCAUCCGAUUCAUGUGGAAACACCGAGAAGCUAGAAAAUGUUUAGGUUUCUCAUCAAGUGUUGAGUUUAUUCAUAGUAAAACAUUCAAGGAUAUAAAAGAUAUGAUUCCUGUCGUUGAUUUUAUUCAUCUUGAAAUCUGUGCGUUAUCACGAUUUGGACCGGGAGAAGUUCAAGAUUCCGCAAAAUUAUUUGAAGAAUUAAUCGAUAGGACUGAUGACGUUAUGUUAGUUGCACAAUCAUGUCGAGCUGUUAAUGAUUCAAUGAUAAAAAACACAAAAAUUGAAGUCAUAGAGAAAGCUAUUAAAAUAUUGGAAAGUGCAGCAAGUGAGAAAUUUAAUGUUGAAGUGUCUUUGGCUCUUGCUUUAGCCAACUACUCAAUUUAUUCUUUCAAAUCAGACAUAAUCAAUAAAGCUAUAAAAGCUGAAGAAGCUCUUGACAAGUUGUAUAAGCUUGACAUUCAAAAGGAAAUAGAAUUGUUGAAAUAUUUAGAAGAAAGUUUACAUCAUUUCACUAAUGUUAUCCAUCAUUUGGUGACAAACAAAGAAGAUGUCGCAAAAAUCUUUUCAUUGAAAAUAAUAUCAACAAUUUUGUGGAAUAUCGGCGGUCAUUAUCACAAUCGAGGAAUUAAACACAAAGAUCUUGAAACUUUCAUACUUUUAUGGAAUUUUUCCCAAAUUGAAGAUCUGAAAUUAUCCACAAUGCUCAAUAUUGGAAUAUUUUUCUUAGAUUUUUGCGACGUUCUCGUCGAUGGUAGUGGAAACUACUUAAGAUUCUCAAAGAAGUUUAAAACGAUGACAAUUGACGAGAUCACAUUGAAGUUGGAUAAGAUGAUCGAAGAUGAGAGUCAAUUAAAACUCGGAGAACAAAAAGACGCAACGAAAUAUUUUAUUCUUUCUUAUUUGUUGAGCUUGUGGGUGUAUAAAGUUUGUCAUGGAAAGAAGAUCGAAGGAUUUCAAAAAUUUCAACAGUUCAAAGAAUUAUGGUUGAGUGUUAGGAAUUUACAACUUGAUACAUCAAACAACGAUCUUAUACUGUCGAAGCUUCAUUUGUCAGUCGCUGAAAUUAACUUGACUUGUUUCAAUCGAUUUUGUCCAAACUUUAUUAGUGCAGCCAAUGCAAACAUCAUGAAGAUCAAGGAGAUUGAUCCUCAUUUCGUGAUUCAGUUUUAUCAAAUUUUUUGGCGCACUACAACAAGAAUCAUCAAUUACUCUAACAAUCGUCUAGUGGAUAUGAAUCAUUUUGAAACGACAAUGGGUUCACUUAUCUUACAUGCCACAAAGAAGAGUUUUUGCUUUCGUUUAUUGGAUUUUCUUUCGUUGUCAAUUUUACGUUAUUUAAACAUGGAGAAAAUUGAUAAAGCAAAGACUCAACUCAGAGAUAUUACAUCACUUGUUGGAUUAAAGGAAGAAAUUCUUAUUGAAACUCCAACGAAAGUCGAAAAUCCUAUCAGUGCAUUUAGUUACGAAAGUCAUGAAGAAAUAAGAAAAGUCGCUGUGGUUUCCAAAGACCAUAUGGAGCAUGAACUUUCAAUGAUCUAUCAAGACCAAACAUCACUCUUGUCACGCCAACUUGAAUCGUUUGUUCAUAAACUUUCUUGUGAUUGUGAAAUUUGUAACAUUCCACAACUUAAGUUUGUAACUUUUCAAAUUGGCUGUCAUUAUUCACGUCUUUUGUGGUUGAUGGGAAAAUUCAAGAUAAGCGUAGAUUUUAACAGCUUUGCCUUCAAAACUUGGAGAGAAGUUUGUGAUGUUGUUCGUCGAUCUAGAAAUGAUAAACAAACAUUGAUGAUCGAUAAAACUUCUUUCAAUAUGUUUUCAAUUAAUUGGUUGUUGCAAUAUGCUGAUGGAAUGAUAAGAAUCAAAGAACUAAAUGGAGUUGAAGAAAUUUACAAUGAAGUUGAGCUACUUUGCACACCUGACAUUCCUGAUUACGAAUGCUUCAAAGAGACUCUUUAUUGCCGAAAAGAAAAUUUAAACUUUCUCAUUGAAAAUAACAUCACAAAGCAACAAAAAUCUGAAGAAAAAGCUACAACGUUGUCAUUCAAUGAAUUUCUCAAGAUAAGAAGCAAAGAAAAACCUAAGAAAUCACCAAGAAAUAAUUCAAAAGCUAAAAACGAUGUCAGCAAUGUAAUUUAUGUGGAUUCAAGUGGAGACGAAGACAAGAAGCCGACAACCUUUAAGAAUCCGAAUACUCGCUCACGUACAGCAAAAAAGAAGACAACGAAAACGGUUUUGUGAGCACCAAAGAAAAUGAACACUCCCAAAAAUUUACAAAUGCAAGCUUAAGCAUCGAAAUGGAUUAAUUUAUUUCUUACUUCUUUUCAAUUAUUACUACACUCAUUCUUUAUAUUUAAAUAAUAAUAUCAAUAAAUGUUUACCAGAAAAAGGUGUUUAAGAUAAG